CAUUAGGUUACGAAAGAGCUCUCAAAGGUUUUAAUAUAAAAGUCAAAAACAGAGAAUAAAAUAAUGCCCGACAAUAGCAACAAAUUCAAUAACAAUAUACAGUUUGAUAUUCCUAAAUGGAUAAAUGCUAAAUAUUUCGAGAAGGUAUUGCUCCGGGAAGAUUCAAAUUUUCACAAAAUAUUGAAAUUGACCCCUAUCCCGGCUACACCGCCGGGUGAGAAUUACACAUCGCUCAUGAUGCGCAUUUUAAUGGACAUUGAACUAAAAGAUGGUUACACACAACAGAAGUCGUAUAUCGUUAAAACAAUGCUGGAUGAUGACAAGGGCGGAACACUUAUCAAUUCACUGAAUCUCUUUCCGAAGGAAAGACUUAUGUAUGAACAAAUUCUUCCUCAACUGGAACAAUUUUAUCAUGAUCUCGGCAAGAAAGUUAAAUUCGCACCCAAGUGUCAAUGGAUCGAGCAAAAAUCCAGUCGCAUUACUAUCGUUCUCGAAGAUUUAAAUACAAAGAAAUUUCGAAACAUUAAUAGACUCAAAGGAUUCGAUAUGCCGCAUAUGAAACGUGUUCUAGAGAAGUUAGCUGAGUUCCACGCUGCCAGUGUUAUGUGGCAUGAAAAGUACGGUGCAUACCCAGAAGACUUCCAAAAAAGCUAUCUACCCGCCAAUUAUGAAAAGUCGAAAUCUUAUCAAGCGCGUAUACAAAGCUACAAAGUAGCAAUGACGACAUGGGGCUUAGAAGAUUAUGACAAAUAUAUGGAAUGUAUUCCAAAUGCUGAACAAUUUGUUAAUGCAGCCAUGGGCUGUUUCAACACAGAUCCCGCCGAGUUUAAGGUACUGAAUCAUGGAGAUUUUUGGUCUAGCAAUAUUAUGCUAAAUUACACCUCAAAUGGUGAGGUGAAUCAAAUACGCUUCGUAGACUUUCAACUAUGCAAAUGGGGCAGCCCGGCACAGGAUCUAUGGGAACUAAUAAUAUGCUCCGUUGAGAGCAACUUGCGCAUUUUUGAAUUUGACCACUUCAUACGAAUUUAUCAUACACAUCUGCUUAAAUGUUUAAGACUAUUACAUUAUGCCAAACCAACUCCGAAACUCUCCGACCUACAUAUUAGCAUGCUGAAAUACGGAUUUUGGGGGUAUAGUACAACAUUUACACAUCUGGUUUUGAUACUCAUGCCUUCAGAUAAGGACGCCAGUUUAUUAAAGCUUAUACAGCCAGGGGACGAAGGCAACAAAUUCCGACACAAGGCCUAUACCAACCCGCUCUAUGUGCGUGCUAUGUUGGAUAUUUUACCGUUUUUGUAUAGACGUGGUAUUUUGGAUUUUUAAUAGAUUAGAAGACAAUAUGUGAGAAACAAAAGCCGGUACACCUAUUUAUCAGGUCAUGCAUUCAAACAAGGAAUAUUCAUUGAGUGAUAAAAAAGAGUUUAGUGCAUAAUAGCUUUUUCAAUUUAUUUUCGCUUUUUAUUUAAAAUAGUUAAGGUUUGCCGAUAUAUGUUACAAUUAUUUACACGUGAUAAGAACUUAUCUACAAACUUUUACAUAUACUACAUACUUAUGGAUAUAUAAGUAUAUGCAAGCUUUGUAUAGCCGAUGCCGAUUAAAAAAGCUUGAAAUUAUUUUAUGUAUAUUCUGCUAUGAAUACAACAAAGCGCCAAAACAAGAUACUUAUCGGCGCACACACUUUUGGUUUUGAAAGUAUUUUCUGAUUAACAUUAGACUUUCAAAGCUGCAUUUUCAUUUUCUAUCACUUCAAAAGAGCUUUCUGUUGCUAUCAAAAUCAGCUGUUUACGCGUAGGCCGUAAUAAAAUGUACUAUAUACAUA